GCGAAAACAAUAUUUUAAUCUAUGGUUAAAACUUAAAAGUUGUAGGUUAUGAUUCUAAAAUAUUGAUUUACCUUAUUCAAAUACAUUAUUUUUACUAAUAAACAUAAUAAAUCAACAAUUAAAGAACAAUGUUAUCUCGUAAUUUAAGAUUUUUGUCGCGGCGCUAUUCUCAGGCGGUUACGUUUAGAACAACAGAAUCUUCACCUUCCCAACAAAACGAGAAUCAGAUAGGAUUGUUUUACACGGUUAACAAUGAUUUAUGUAAACAAUUAUUUGGUCAUGGUGGACUUCCCAAAAGCUACAUGAAACAGACCAAGACUUUUACAGAAACAUCCCUGAUGGUCCGCCUACCUGCCCUAGAUAUAAUUAACUGUAUUAAAGCAACAGAUUUUGACAAACCAGUUAAUCGAUAUGUGUUAUAUGGUGAGAUAGGAGCGGGAAAGUCAUUGACUUUGGCCCACCUACUCCAUUACGCUUAUGAAGAUGGUUAUCUCAUUGUACAUGUUCCUUGGGUAUCUGAAUGGUUACGACGUGUGCCUCGCCACAAAGAGAUGUCAAAUUCACUGACACAAGAAGGACUUGUUGACUUACCUCUUGAUGGUGCAGCAUGGCUACUUCAUUUUAAGAUGCAAAACCAAGUUCUGUUAAAAAAGGGUAAUUUAAAAAUUUCAAAAGAGUAUGUAUGGAGCAAACGUGAGAAGACUCCAGAAGGUGCACCAUUAGCAGAGCUGAUAGAGCAUGGGAUCACACGUGUGAAGUACGCCUGUGACGUCAUUGACGCACUCAUCGGCGAAAUUAAAAUAUUAUCAAAUAGUAAACAAUGCAAAACAUUUGUAGCAAUAGAUGGCUUUAACACAUUUUUCUAUCCUCUCACGAGGCUCAGCACACCAACUAAGAAAAAAGUCGCUUCUGAAGAAGUCACUCUUACUAAGUCAUUUAUGGAACUUACUAAAAAUGAUUGGGUAAAUGGUGUCAUCGUUCUUACAGCAGACCAAUUGGGAGUAUCACAGGAUCAUCAAGACAGUCAUAUGCCUAAAUAUUUGCUGUACAAAAAGGGAUUUGAACACAUAGACCCCUUUGUGCCUGUAGAAGUUGGGAGAUACAGUGAACGGGAAUUUAUGAGUUGUGCCAGUUACUACAGAGACAGGCUUUGGCUGAGGGGCCCGCCUGAAACAGAAAGUGAACUAAAGCUUGCAAGUGCUUGCAAUCCUUAUAAGUUUAUGGAAUUGUGUGCACCUUUAUAAAAAAUAUAUUUAUUUUAUGUUAUAAAUGUAGGCAUUAGUAUUAAAAUGUUUGGUUACUA